AUGGCUAAGCUCAUUUUCUUCCUCGCCCUCCUAACGCUCCUCGUCGCCGCUGUGUCUUCCACCAGAGACGAUGGGGAAGACUUUACCAGAACCAUAGAUAGAAAACUCCUCGGUCUCCACAAGAAAGAAAAACUAACACAUUUCAAAGUGUAUUGGCACGACAUCUUAAGCGGUCCAAACCCAAGCUCCAUGAGAAUCAAGCUACCGGUUACGAACUCUACAUCCUAUUUCGGAGGAGCCACUAUGUUCGACAACGCUUUGACGGCGAAAGCUGAGAUAAACUCCACGUUGUUGGGUCAGGCUCAGGGGUUUUACGCCGGAGCGGCUCAAAAAGAGUUUAGUUUUCUAGUGGGGAUGAACUUUUCUUUUAAGACAGGGAAAUACAACGGAAGCACGAUCACGAUUCUUGGUCGGAACCCUGUGUUGUCGGAGGUUAGAGAAAUGCCUAUCGUCGGAGGAAGUGGGCUGUUCAGGUUUGCUAGAGGCUAUGUUGAGGCUCGUACAAAAUUUCUUAAUCUAAAGAACGGUGAUGCUAUUGUUGAGUACAGUUGUUAUGUUUUGCAUUAUUGA